GAAAUUGUUUCCGUGCCAAGCAGCCUCUACUUAAGAGGUUGGGAAACCCAACUUGUGACUGUAGACCAUGGCCGUUCCUUCCCUUUCGAUAAUACCGUCACCUCCCUUGAGACUCUUCAUCGACUGAAUGUUGGCGGGAGGCAGAUUGUGGACGUGGAUGACACAGGAAUGUACCGAACCUGGAGUCUAGAUGCAGAUUAUCUCGUUGAGUCAAACUGGACUAUUCCGAUUUUGAACAAAUCCCAACCGCUUCAAUUUAAAAACGGAACACCAGCGUACACCGCACCCGAGGAAGUUUACACUACUUCUCGUAUGAUGGGCAAUGAUGCUUCGUUGAAUUUGAGAUCCAACAUGACCUGGAAGUUCUCCGUUGAUGCGGGGUUUCACUACCUCAUCAGGCUUCAUUUCUGUGAGCUUCUGGCGGAAGUCACAGGCCCGGAUCAACAUGUUUUCGACAUAUUCAUUAACAAUCAAACAGUGGAAACAAACAUAGAUGUGUUUUCUAUGAGCGGCGGCAUAGGAUUUCCGAUGUACAGAGACUAUAGGGUUGACAACAGGACCCAAGGGAGGGACCUCUGGCUAGCACUACACCCUCAACCCGGAGGACUUGUUGAUGCCUUCUUGAACGGUUUAGAGCUUUUCAAACUGAAUCAAUCCGAUGGUAACCUAGCUGGACCCAAUCCUGACUCGAUUUCUAGUCCCGCACCUCCAGACUCGCAAGGCCCAAAGAGUAAGGUAACAUCAAUAAUUUUGCCAAUCAUUGGAGCUAUUCUCGGUGGUUUUGCUCUGGUUUCUCUCCUCGUGAGCUUUUUCGUUUUUCAAAGACAGAGAAAACUGAAAGACUCGCUCUCUUUCACAUCAAAGUUCUUUACCACAAAAUCCUCCUCCUCGUUACCGUCUGAUAUCUGUUGUCACUUCUCAAUUGCCGAGGUCAAAUCAGCCACUCAAGAUUUCGACGAUGCGCUUCUAAUCGGAAGUGGAGGAUUUGGAAACGUUUACAGAGGGAUUAUGAAAGGUGGGACCACCAUUGCUGCAAUCAAACGGUUAAACCCUUCAUCAAGGCAAGGGGCCCACGAGUUCCACACCGAAAUCACCAUGCUUUCAAAGCUUCGACACAAGCAUCUAGUUUCUCUGAUUGGAUACUGUGAUGAUCACGGUGAGAUGAUCCUAGUGUACGAUUACAUGGCACGUGGCACACUUCGUUGCGGAACCCCUUAUGCUACUGGAAUUCCUUUGCGCUGGACACGGCGACUUCACGGACGGCACGGCAAGUUCACGGACGAGAACUUUGCUCUAAAUCAAAUAUGGAGAAAUUGCACUUUAGCCUUCAAAGUUCCAGAUUCAUCCUUGGAUCCUCAUCUUUUCAGCUCUUUGCAUUUAAGACUGCUCUGCUUCAAAAUGAAUCUACUGUCACUCACCGCUUUCCUCAUCUCUCUCCUACAGGUCGUCCUCCCAUCCACCACAGCCGCACCUUACAACGCCACUGAUAUCAUAGUCCUCAACUGCGGUGCAAGUUCAACAACUACAUCAUUGGCCGCAAAUGGGAAGCUGAUCUUCUCUUUAAAUAUUCCCCUUUCAAAGACCAAAACGCAUCGUUUCCUUCGAACGUCUCCAGCGAACACCCCUCUGUUCCGAUGGUUCCCUACUUCUCUGGACGUAUUAUUUUUAAGGAGCUAAUUAAUUAUAUUAAAUUGCCUAUUUUCCCACUCUUUAAUCACCAAGCAGCAACUUCUAAUUGGCAAAAGGCUUUUAAGUCCUUACAAAUCUCUUUGAGCAUCCUAUACUUCAGUUUCUAUCAGUUUCACCAUUGCCCUCUACUGUAGAACUGAUCAAUUUUAUUAUAAGAAGGCUGCAAUUAAAGAUGACCGGAUUUC